AUGUCAAAGACUACUCAGGCUCCUGCCAGGAAGGCGGCUCCUCCACCUCCAGGAUGCACCAUUGACAUCAACGACCCUACAGUACAAGACGCAGCAAUCAAAAUCCAGGCUUCAUACCGUGGGCACAGAUCACGGCGAGAGCUGCGGGAGAAAGGACCACCCCGUAUCCUGAAGGACUUGAAGGACGUUGUUCUGAUCGAGGGCAGUGCGGCCAGACUUGACUGUCGGGUCAGUGCCUUCCCAGACCCCCUCAUCCGCUGGUUCAAAGAUGGCCGGGAGCUGAAGGAUGGACCCAAGUAUCGCUACGUGUUUGAGGACCCAGACGUGGUGGCAUUGGUGGUCAGGGACGGGAAUCUGUCAGACCUGGGCAAAUACACCAUCUCAAUCACCAACACCUUCGGAGAGGCAUACGAUUCUGCAAAGAUCAUCAUUGAAGUCCCGGGGAAGAUUGAGAAGGGCCCAGACAACGUGAAGGCAAAGGUCGGACAGACGGUGAAACUGGUGGCGCGCAUCAGCGGCGAGCCGGAGCCCGAUGUUGGGUGGGCGAAGGAUGGCGAGGACAUCGAGGAGGAUGACAGGGUGUUCUAUGACAUCGAGGUAGACACGACAACUCUGACAAUCAAAAACAUCACAAAAGCAGAUGCUGGCAAGUACGAGGUUUUCGUGGAGAACAGUUUGGGAAUGGAUCAGUCUUUUGCCAGAGUCGAUGUCAACUGAUUUUGCACUUCUGCCACCUCUUGUGCUCUCUCUCUCUCUCUCUCUCUCUCGUGCUCUCUUUCUUCGUCUGCGAUUGGAAAGUACC